AUUUUAUUAAACCUCAAAUUUCUCUCCCAUUCAUCCACACUCAAAAUUAAGCCAUGACUUCCCUCAGAGAACUUCUCACAGAAGAAGGUUUCAACCAAACAAACCUUACCUACCAUUCAAAACACAAACUUUCAAGGACAACAAAGCAGAUAAUAUCACUCCCUUCACACAAUCUCUGCCAUGAUCGGAAAAGCAUCGAAUGCUCCAAGCACAAGAUAGACAAAAAACUACAUGGGUCUGCCUCAGAAACAUCGAAUUCGAAGUCAUUCAUGUCACAGGGUUCAAAAAGUGCGGGACCCCCUAUGGAUGCAGUUGCAAUCAGAGCAGUGAUUUCUAUCCUCGGUGGCUAUAUUGGAAGAUAUGUGAAAGAUGAUUGUUUCAGGAAAACAAUCCGUGAAAAAUGCAAUGCUUACUUGAUCAGAAGAGUAAAGGGUUCAGAAUCAGAUGAUGAUGAGAUUGAGAUUCUUGACAAAAUGAAACUGGGUAUAGAGAAUAUUGACAAGUUAGUGCAGGAUCAAGGAACAAAGAAGGAGGAGCUACUUAAGAUCAAAACAUUGAGGAACUCCAUUGACCUUUUAACCAUAGUUGCUUCAUUGAAUUCUAGGAAAAACAACAGGGUUUGUGGAAUAUUCAAUUCCCAUGAUCUCUCUGCUUGUGCUCAGCUCUACUUGGCAAUAGUUUACAAGCUUCAGAAAAACAAGAGAAUGUGUGCAAGGCAUUUAAUCCAAGUGUUUUGUGAUUCUCCAUUUUUGGCCAGAACCUUCUUGGUUCCUGACCUUUGGGAACUUUUGUUUCUUCCUCAUCUUCUGCAUCUUCAAAUUUGGUACACUGAGGAGCUCGAGGCGCUUUCAUGUUCAAAUCAAUCUCAUGGUGAGAAGGAAAAGAAAAUGAAGACUUUGAGGAAAGUGUAUGAUAACAAAGUGGACACAGGAACUAGUAUGUUUGCUCUGUAUUACAAGCAGUGGCUUAAAGUUGGAGCUGGUGAACCUCCUCUUCCCAUUGUCCUAUUGCCAUCAAGAACAAGUCACAGAUCAUCAAGAAAGAAGUCUUCAGAUUCUUUUGUUUUGCAUUCCUCAAUCAACCCAAACUUGUUAGUGACUAUACUUGAAGAAAACUUGGUUAGCAGGAAUUAUGAGUCUAACAAUGCUUCAUUCAGAAGAAACAUCUGUUUUCGCAAUUGAAUUUGUUAGAGCAAUUAUAACCAUGUGCUCAUCAGAUAUUCUAAGCGAAUGCGAACACGCGAUUCGUGUAAUUACCAAAGCUUUGGUUGAAUUCUCAUGGUGAUCCAAGUGGGAACCGAGGCUGUAGGGAAAGUCAUUUCAUACUGUGUAUUUGCAUAGAACUCGCAAAUGAGAUUGGAACACCCAAUUUUGUUGGCUUACAGAGUAUUUCUCCCCACUCUCUUUAAGCAAUGGCCUCUCUGAUUACCCCAAUCAUCCUCUCUAGGGGCCAGCUGCACAGGCCUCUCUGAUUACCCCAAUAUUCUUAUGCUGCUUUGGACAAGAACUCAUGCUCAUUGUACCUCUCAGAAUCGGAGUCAAACUCCUCCUCAACUUUGGCCUGCUUCUUCUUUUGAGCCUCAGCUUUCCUCUUCUUUGAACUCUCAACUUGCUCCCUUUUUGAACUCUUUGAAGGGAUCUGCAACAAGUACAUUAGGUUGCAAACC